ACAACACUGGUUGCGGUGAAGAUUGGCGGGUGGCGGCGUGUGGCAGCUGUGGCGGCGACGUGUUGUGCCGAGAACAGCUGUUGUCCCGGCCUCCUCACCUCAUCUUCCCUUCACCAUGCCAAAUUCAUCACAGUUCCAACUCAUCCUGUCCCUUCUAACGCUCUUGUUGCAGUUUACACAGUCCCAUGGAGGAGCCUUACAACUGGACAAGGGCAACUUUGACAGCAUUAUAGGAAACAAUGAACUUGUAUUCAUUAACUUCUAUGCUGACUGGUGCAGAUUCAGCAACAUCCUGGCACCAACCUGGGAUGAGACAGCUGACAAAGUUAGAGAUUUAUUCCCUGAUGAAGGGCGGGUAGUGGUUGGAAAGGUGGACUGUGAUUCCGAGUCAAGCAUUGCUUCUCGCUUUCACAUCACCAAGUACCCAACCUUAAAGUUGCUGAGGAAUGGCCAGGCCACCAAGAGGGAGUACAGAGGGCAGAGAUCAGCCGAUGCCUUUGCUUCUUAUAUUAAGGAGCAACUUCGGGAUCCCAUCAAAAUACUGCAGAACUUGGAUGAAAUUAACGAGUUGGAAGAGACCAAGAGGACUGUGAUUGGUUACUUUGAGAGGCAAGACUCACCCGAGUUUGAAUUGUUCCGCAAGAUUGCCGUCAACCUCAAAGACGACUGUCAGUUCCUGGCUGGCUUUGGUGACACGGUGCGCAGUAUGCAUCCACCAGGGGAAAGCAUUGUUGCCUUCAAGGCUUCUAUAACAAAGGAAGAUGAUGCCUUUACUGGGUCACUCUCAUCCUAUGAUGAACUGUCCAUUUGGGCCACAGAGAGGUGUAUUCCUCUUGUGCGGGAGAUCACGUUCCAGAAUGCUGAAGAAUUAACAGAAGAAGGACUGCCUUUCCUUAUACUCUUCCACGAUCCUGAAGACACGGAGAGCGUCAAGAAAUAUACUACUCUUGUACAUUCAGAACUUGCUGAUCAGAAACAAAAUAUCAACUUCCUGACUGCUGACGGCAUUCAGUUUGCUCAUCCUCUCCACCACUUGGGCAAGAGCAAGAAAGACCUGCCUUUAAUUGCUAUUGACUCAUUCAGGCACAUGUACCUCUUCCCAGAUUACAAAGAUGCAUAUGUUGAAGGGAAGCUGAAGGCCUUCCUGCAGGACCUGUACAGUGGCAAGCUGCACCGAGAGUUCCACUAUGGCCCUGACCCAGAGACCACAUCAGAGGCAGCCCAGCAAGAUGAAAAUGAAAUCCCAAGUCCCACUGAAGCGAUCAAAAAGAGGGAGAAGCCAACCACGCCCCCAGAGUCCACUUUCAAAAAGCUUGCCCCCUCCAAAAACAGAUACACAUUACUAGAGAAAGACGAGCUGUAAGCUAAGAACGCUGUAAAGGGUUCAGUCUAUUGUAGUUCACUGUGGUUUGCUUCAGCAUUCAGACCUUGAUUUCUUUAUAGCUCGUCAUGCAUUUUGAUAAAAACAUUAUAAUGUAAGUAUUAUGCAAACACUAAUAGUGUCAGUAUUGCUAUCAUGAAAAUCACACUGUGUCAGGAGCAUAAGUCUGGACUAAAAAUUGAUGUGGACAAAUGUACAUUGGAAAGUGUGGGAACAUUUAAUUUUCUUUGAAUAGCAGUUUGUAUUCAUGAGUACCAUGAAGUCCUCUAAGUGGAGGUGAGUACUUACCCAGCAGGCAUGUGGGAGGUGAGAUGCACUAUUUAUUACACAAUUCAUGAUUUUCACAUCAAUCUUUUGCAUUAAAUGUCUGGUUUGACUCUUGUUUCAAGUGUUAUGCUAUUUUCAAAUUUUGGCUUGACUUCAAAAGUUACAUUUCCUUCUUGGUGUUUUUUCUCGUUAUCACAACCCUAAAAGAUAUACUACCUUUCCAAUAUUCAUUUAUUUAUUUUGGACUAAGGAUGCUAUGAUAUGAGAGAUAAAAUUUUGUUUCCCUGAUAAUAAUAAAAAAUGAGGAAGCAUAUUAUGUAUAGUAUGGGCUAAUGUUAUAUGUAUUUUUUUUUUCUAUACAUUUUAAUUCAGAAUCUGAUUACUAUUCAUGGAGGGUUGCUUUAUAAAUUACAGCAGGUAAAGAGGAGGCAAGUACAUGUUUGUAAUUUAUUAGAAGUCACUUGCUUUGCAUUGUUACAUCUGUCAAACUGACAACUAGACUUGCACACAGUGGAAGGGAAACCUGAAGCUUGGGGCAGGCAGGGACUCACUCUUGGUUUGAUAUCAUGGAUUUAAUUCUGUUUUUAAUUUGUGAUCAUUGAUUUCCAUUCCACUAUUUUAUAUUUGCACUUUGGAAUACAUUGAAAUAAAUUAAUGGGUAAAAUAGAUUUUUAUUGAUCUGAGUGCAGAUAUAAACAUGUUGCUCUAGUAACUGGGCACAUUACAGUGAAGUUGAGGGUGAUGGGAGGCUUUCAAAAAACAUCUUUGUCUUAUUUCUGAUUGACCUUAAGAGGUUAUUAUGUCUUGUUAUAUUUGUCUGUUUUAUAAAUUUAUGAGCAACAUAAAUGUACUGUUUAAAAACUUUUAUUAGUUCUUGGGAGUGUCAUUGAGUUUGUGUGGCAUUGUACCACUGAAUACCAUGGUAUUCAGUUUUAGAAAUGCUUUUGUCAUAUUGAGAAAACUGGAGAGAUUUAUGUUUUCUUUGUAUGUUAUCUGCUCAGCCUUCUUGUGGUAGAAACACUGAUAACAUUCUCACCUGUCAGUCAACACAUGCACAUGACAGCAUGUGACAUUUGAUUGGUGCUGUGGAGGCUGACACUAACCAUGACUUGUGUGGUGCUGUGAGGCUGACACUUGCCAUGACUUGUGUGUGUGGUGGUGUGGAGGCUGACACUUGCCAUGGCUCCUCAGAAAAGAGCAUCCAGUCAAGGGUAGAUCUGAGUGAUUGAUUCAGAGGUGGUGUCCAUCCCCAGGUGUAAGUGCAGGAAUCCGCUAAUUUUGAUCUGUCAAGUAAUAUGUAUUUCAUCUUGAGUCCCUAACUGUUAAUAUGCACUAACAAUUUGAUUCAUGAAAGAAUGGCAACAUUCUCAUUAACUCCCUUGUCUCCCACUCACAGCUCUAUCCUGCAUCCAGAGCCCUUGAGCAGAGAGUUGAUCUCCAUCUUAAUGAAAUAAGCUUUCUUUAAACUGGCAAAAAUGCAAGACAAUUGCAUUUUGAAAUCUGUUUCUUAUUGGCAGCAGUGGGCAGUGCAAUUAACUUUUUUUUAUGUUUUUAAGUCUUAGAUUUAAUUUCCUUGAAGUAACUCAUAUAUGCUGUGAUUUUUAUCUUUCCUUGCAUUUAUUGAAAAAUUAGUGAUUGAGUGGUAAUUUUGUUCCCAUUGUGUUUUGAAUUGCACUGAGAGAUUCACUUACCUGUCUUUGCCUCCAAGGCCACAGCUGUUUACUAGCUAAGCCUCAGCAACACAUACAUAUUUUGCUGCAAAGGAAGUCCACAGGGUAUGAGAGAAGCAUCAUAAAAUCAUGGAAAACAAGUGCAGAAGCAAGAUGUGGCCACCCAGCCUCAGUGGAAAUCAACAGGUUAAUGUAACUGUGAAACUUUUCCCUACAGUAUUACCUCAAUGCAAAUGUGUCAGUCUGUAUAAAGAAAACAAGAAGUUGUCCUGUUGCCAGGAAACGUUAACAUUUGAAGUACUUUGAUUAUGGAUUGGUAUUUAAGUGGUAAAUUCAUAUCUGAUUCUUACAACCAAAUUUUUAUCAUGAAACUUCUUAAGUCAUAGUCUGAUCAUCAAUUAAACACUAGUUGUAUCUAAUUCAUACAAUGGAUUUGCUUCUGGUUCUUAACUUUAGUGCAUUAACCAUGAAUUUCGUUCAUCAUCUGCCCUAUCAUGUACUGGUGCCCUGCAUGGCAACCCAACACCCUGGGAUGGCUUGGCCUAGUGACAGCUAAUGACUGUUGAGGUAACGCUGGUAAUGGAAAGCCCAACAUUAUGAAAACACUUCCCAAGAUUAUCUUUCUUCAUGGAGUUGUGGUGCGUUGUGAGUGGACUGCAGUCUUUCCCUUUGCUCUGGUGCUGCCCUCAUCAUGCUGCUGCUGCUGCUGUGUCAUCUCAUUUGUGUGCUGCACCUUGUACAAAAUCAUUCCAUGGCUCGCCCUUCCGAGCUGUUGACUUACGAUUGUAAUUAUCAUGAUAUACAUUAAAAAGUUUGAUAUAUA